AUCACGCAGCUCCGCACCGGACACGCUCCCCUCAACCGCCACCUCCACAACAUCGGAAAAUCAGACACCGCCCUCUGCCCCGCCUGCCACGCCGCGCCAGAAACGGUCCUGCAUUUCCUGAUUCAAUGCCCUGCCCUCCGCCGCCAGCGCGCCCCCCUCGCCCGCUCCCUACCCCCCGCAUCCCUCACGCUGAAGAACGUGCUCGGAACUACGCGCUGCCAUGACGCGCUCAUGGCAUUCAUCCAUGCCUCUGGUCGUUUUGCG